AUGGUUGAAAUGGAUCAUAGUGUGCUCGGGUUUCCCGCAAAGAAACAUGCACUCAUUAUGUCCGGAGUCUUCGCUCUCUUCUUCGUCUUGGUCACCGGAGUUGUUAUUUGGAAAAUUAAUGAACCUACAGGAUCAGUUCUUGGUAUGAAUGCUGUCUACUUAUCUUUUAUAGACCCGAUCUGCCUGUUUUCCCUUGGAAUCGGGUUUUUGUGUCUUCUCAAGUGUAAUUCAAAAUGUAUUCUCAUUGUUUGCGUGCUCUGGCCAGCUGGUGUAGGAAUCACCUGUGCUGUUCUCACCAUUAAAUCAUUGACGAAUCCAUUUGAAAUCGAAUGGAUCGGCAAGACACAACCAACGUUCUACUAUACUAUUAUCGUUUCUUCAUUUGUUCUGAUGCUUGGAUCUUUUCACUGUGUUCUUCUUUUGCUUGUGCUGGCAUUCUGUGCUCGUGGUGACGGAGGUGCCGAAGAUUUGUAUGAUUUGGAGAAGAGUGAAAGUCAAAAGGAAUCCGAGUCUUCAAAUGAAAACGACAAAAGCAACCGUAUUUAG